AUGGGGACCGUUAACGGUGGAACCAUUAUCAGCUUCACUCCUAACCCUCCUUCUUUACACGCCGUAACCAGCCGAAUGCCUUCGCAUCAUCCUACGGGUUGUGCAAACUUUACCUUUCAAAUUCCUUCAAGUUGUAUUCAUGUUCAUAUUAAAAAAUAUUAUUUAAUGAACAGGAAUACUAACUCUGCUGAAAGACGAGCCAACCACAACGCUGUCGAACGGGCACGACGGGAAUGUUUAAAUACCAAAUUUCAAGAGCUUGCCCAUGCAUUACCUUCCUUAGCGCAAGUUCGUAGGCCUUCAAAGUCAAUAAUUGUGCAGAAGUCAUUAGAUUUUAUCUAUACAUCUCGUCAAAAAGAUGAUCUGCACGAUAAAGAGAUGCGAAGCAUUCGAAGUGAAAACGAAUCACUGCGUGAGGAGGUUAACAGACUAAGAGAACAAUUAGGCCUAGAACCUCUACCACCUCGCGAGGAAUCUAAGCCAAUACCUCAACAAAUUGAUGAAAUUAUAGAGGACACCAACACCAGCACAAAUUCGAAUUCCCCUGAAAUAAAAAUUGAAGCUGAUAAUAAUCCUACCACCACCAAUGCGCAGGAGUCGGCAAGUUCCUCCGUUACUCAUAUUAAAUCAGAAGAUUCACGCUCUGACGAUGAUAGCAACGGGAACACCGAUGAUGAUUACGAUUUGGACCAUUCAGAUCUGAUAGAUGCUAAGGUUAAUACAGAGAACAAUCAAUUAAUUGAAAACCAACAAUGUUUAUAUGACCAUCCAAAUUUGAACCAUCAUGCUGAUUAUUCAACACCAGGAUUUGAGUUCACUAUGGAUAUGACAUCAAUAGAUCACAGCAUUUAUUUUGAUCAUGAUCAAUUAGUAACAAAUGAUAUGGAUUCAUUUUGCCAUCCAUUUCAACAAAAAUUUUAUCCAUCUCCACCAGCGACGACAAUGCUAGAUCUUACUGGACAGAUACCGGGCUUUCCCAUGAAUACUGAAAGUUCACAUGAACUUUUGGCUUAG